GAAUACUGGUGUCAUAUAUUUGAAGAAGUUAAAGCAAAACAAGUAGUGCAAACCAACAAAGUAAAGCAGUUUAUGGCGAUUUUCACUUUUAGGCUAAUCACUGUUAUUUUGGUUUCAUACACAGUUUCUUCUGCAAUAAUCGAGAGUAUUAAUGAUGGGGUUGAGUCUUUGUACGAUGGUGGUUCCCCAUUGGUUUCAAAAGGAGCAAGCUUUGAGCUGGGUUUCUUCAGUCCAGGCAGCUCUAAUAAUAAAAAUCGUUACUUGGGAAUUUGGUACAAGAACAUCCCUGUACGGACAGUAGUUUGGGUAGCUAAUCGUUGCUCCCCAAUUAAGGACUCUUCUGGUAUGUUGAAGAUAAACAAGAGUAAUGGAAAUCUGAUGCUUUUGGGUGUGAACAAAAGCGUGGUUUGGUCUACUAGUUUGUUGAAACAAACCCAACAGACUAAGCUUCAUCUCCUAGAUAAUGGAGAUCUUGUACUGAGAGAUGAAAUCUCAAAUACCAUUUUGUGGAGAAGCUUUGAUUACCCUUCUGAUACAUUGUUACCAGAAAUGAAACUGGGGUGGGAUUUGAGGACUGUUCUCAACAGACGUCUUUCGGCUUGGAAAAAUUUUGAAGACCCUUGUCCUGGAGAUUUCACCUAUGGGAUUGAGCUGAAUCAAAAGCUUCAUAAUUUCCCUGAAUUUUGUAUGCGAAAGGGUUUUGCCAAAUUUUAUCGUUCUGGACCUUGGAAUGGUAUUGGUACAAGUGGAGCUCCAGAGUUAAAGCUUAAUAGUCUUUUUUAUUAUAACUUUGUUCUUACUGAUGAUGAAGUUUAUUAUGUGUAUGGAAUGAAAAAUAAGUCAGCAAUUUCAAGAAUUGUUAUAAAUCAAACCACACUGGUUAGAGAGCGUCUUAUAUGGAUUGAAGAAAAACAAACUUGGAAACGUUACUUAUCAGUGCCUAGAGAUGAUUGUGAUAACUAUGGUGUUUGUGGGGUCAAUGGUAAUUGUGUUAUAGGAGAUAAUCCAAUAUGUCACUGUUUAAAAGGGUUCAAGCCUAAGUUUCAAGAGAAGUGGAAUGAGAUGGAUUGGUCUGAUGGGUGCAUGAGAAAUGUGCCAUUGAAUUGCAAAGACAGAAAUAGAGAUGGGUUUUUGAAAAUUUCAGGGGUGAAACUGCCAGAUACUUCAGAUUCUUGGUGGAACAAACAGAUGAAUCUCAAGGAUUGUAAGGGUAGAUGUCUAAAUAACUGUUCUUGUAUGGCUUAUAGUAAUUCUUAUAUUAGAGGAGAGGGAAGUGGCUGUGUUAUUUGGUUUGGUGAUUUGAUAGAUAUAAGGCAAUUUUUCAAUGGAGGCUUGAAGCGGGGGAUGUUACAAUUUUCUUCUGGUGGACAAGGACAAGAUUUACAUAUCCGAAUGCCUCAUUCAGAGCUAAGUAAAUCAAAACGUAAGGUGGGAGCAAUAUGGAUAGUUGUAGCUGCCAUUGGAGUUGUGUUUUUACUUGGUUAUUGCAUUUACAAGAGGAGAGCUCUAAAAGAUGGAAGCGAAACAACAAACCAGAAUGGCGAAGAGGACGACGACCUGGAUCUUCCGUUGUUCAACCUCUCUACAGUUAGUACAGCAACAGAUAAUUUUUCAGAAAACAAUAAGCUUGGAGAAGGUGGUUUCGGACCUGUAUAUAGAGGCAUUUUGGAAGAUAGACAAGAAAUUGCUGUGAAGAGACUUUCAAUGAGUUCAGGACAAGGAGUGAAUGAGUUCAAAAAUGAAGUAAAGCUAAUUGUGAAGCUGCAACAUCGCAAUCUUGUAAAGCUUCUUGGUUGUUGCAUUCAAGGAGAAGAAAAGUUAUUGGUUUAUGAAUACAUGCCCAACAAAAGCCUUGAUUUCUUCAUUUUUGAUCAAGUGCAAGGACAACUGCUUGAUUGGACGAAACGCUUCCAAAUUGUAUGUGGAAUUUCUCGAGGGCUCUUGUAUCUUCAUCACGAUUCAAGAUUGAGAAUAAUACAUAGAGAUCUUAAAGCUAGCAAUGUCUUACUUGACAAUGAGAUGAAUCCAAAGAUUUCAGACUUUGGGUUGGCUAGAAUUGUUGGAGGAGAUCAAAUAGAACAUAAAACAAACAGAGUUAUUGGAACCUAUGGUUAUAUGGCACCAGAAUAUGCGUUUGAUGGGUUGUUCUCAAUUAAAUCAGAUGUCUUCAGCUUUGGUAUAUUGGUCUUGGAGAUUGUUAGUGGAAGAAAAAGUAGAGGCUUUCACUGUGAAAAGAAUGGCCUUACCCUCAUUGGACAUGCAUGGACAUUGAUGAAGGAAGAAAGGGCAUAUGAUUUGGUGGAUGAGUGGUUAUUAGAUGAAAAUCUUGAUCAAGUGUUACGAUGCAUACAUAUUAGUCUCCUUUGUGUACAACAUAAUCCUGCUGAUAGACCCACCAUGUCAUCUGUGGUUUUGAUGUUUGGUAGUCAAAAUGAGUUGCCUCAACCUAAAGCACCAGGCUAUUUCAUGGAGCCAGAUUAUGCAAAAGGAGAUAAUUCAUCUUCUAAUAAUCAUGAGUUGCUUUCCACAAAUGAGAUGAGCAUAUCACUCAUAGAAGCUCGAUAAUCAUGUAUGUAUGUAUGUAUUAUUAGGGAACCUUUGUCCAAAGUCUGUUACUUUCAGUUACAAGUCUGUUGUAAUCAGGGACGGACCCAUUAAGAUUUAUGGCCUCCACUAACAAAAAUAUUGUAUUUUAAAAAAAUUAAAU